UAUCUGAAAAACAAAUCAGCUGCGUUCGUAAAACUGUGCUUUUCUACGAUCCAGGAGGAGAUUUAAACAGUCACUCUUCAUGGACGGAUGGAGAAUUACAGAGAAGAGCAUCAAGCCUCAGCUGGUGGUGAAGAUUGUCGGUGGAAAACAUGUUAAAUAUUUUAUUGAUGCGUCCAAACGUCCCACAGGUCAUCUCGAAAUAUCCAGCAGCUCAGAAGUCAGAAACAAUUCCCCAAAUAAAGUCACAGAUGAAGAUCUGAGCAGAAAAUCACCUUCUUAUGACCUGAGACCAGCUGAGAGCAAAGAUAAUCUGUUAGAUGCUCUCAAACAGUUUCCACACAGACGGUGUGUGACGGCACCAUGUGGAGACCGAUCACAAUCAUACAUACAUCCAAAACCCACAACCAACCCGAGCUCCUCGAAACAACACAGUCCUCAUUUUACUGAGGAACAGACAGACGAUCCACAGCUUGGACUCCUCUCGUGUCUCUCAGAGGAACUUUGGAGCCAAACAAACUGGAGCUGAUGGAGCAGGAAAUGACAUCACUGGACCCAUCGGGAUCAGGACUCCUCCAUCAGUCAGACCUGAUGUUUCUGCUGCUGAGACUGAAGGUCCCGGUGAAGCUCAGCACACUGGCCUGUGUGUUCAGAAGAUCCAGUGACAACACUGAUCCGCUGCAGGUGCACUAUAAAGAACUGCUGAAGUUCAUCCAGAGAGCAGCACAAGAUGACAAACAGCCAAAUGCUGAGGCAGAGACCUGGAAUGCAUUGGGGGCAAAUACUGACCUGGAAUCAGUGAGUGUCUGGAGUGAGGAUGCAGAAACUGGAGAAACGUGGCUUCAGCGGUUCCAGAAGAUGGAGAUGGCUUUACGAAUGUGUGACACUAAAAACACAGGUUAUGUGGACAGAGAUCAAGCCAAACGUCUGAUACUGAACUACAGCCUCAUCUUUGAUCUGAAUCUGAGUCCUGUGAAGGUCAGCGAAGUCAUGCGUAGCACUCAGAGAGAGGGCAAGGUUCACCUCGCCUCAGCUCUGCAGCUGCUGAAGGAGCGAUGAACCUCUAUAACCUUUUCUGCAAUCUGUUCACAGAUGAAAAUAUUACAGUCAUCCUCAGUAAGCCCAUUGGGGGAUAUUAAAGUUGCCUUGAAAUGCAAA